CCAUUCUUUCGCCGCCCCGAUGAUGUGGCAGUGCCAGCCGGAAGACAUCUUUAAGUGAAGCCCACCUGGUCGCCCUACUCAGCGCACUGCUUCUCUUCGGGUUAACUCACGGAUUCAGGCUGACGCUGAAGCAGUUAUGAACGCCAUGGAAGCCGAUGAUACUACUACCGAGGCAGGAGACGGGAAAAUGAUCACCGUAUGUUUCGAGGCUGCGCAGCUCUUCAACGACGAUGGCCGGCAGCCUGAUUCCACGGCGGUUGCCGCGGCCAAGGCCGAGCCGGCACUGCGCGAUCUGAGGAAUUCGCGGCAGGACUGCGAUGUCGUCUUCCGCGUGGCCGGCGGGGUCGAGGUGUGGGCACACCGAUCCAUUAUGGUUGCCAAGUACUCGGGAUGCAACGCACUAUUGACUGUCGCCAGGGAACGCAUGAGUCCCGAAGAGAAACAGAAAAACAAGCCGACUCCAUCGAUUCGGGUGAUGAUGGAAGACCUGGAGCGCGACAUGAUGGAGCUGCUUGUCGACUUCGCCUACGACACUCCUCUGGACGAGCGCAUCGGCCCCCACAACGUCGCCAAGUUUCUCGAGCUGGCCCAGAAGCACAGGAUAUUCUGGCUACUGGAUCACUGCCUUAGCACCCUCGAGAAGGACCUCGACCCGCAGAACUGCAUCGGAACUUGGCAACUGGCAGCCAGCUGGUGUUACUUGCAUCUCGCACAAGAAGCCUUGCGCUACCUGGUUCGCAACUUCAACGAGGUGUGGAAGAGCAGCCCUCAGUUCCAGGAUCUGAGGCCGGACGAGAUGCGCACCGUCCUCGCAGACGACCGCCUGUGCGUUGUCAAUGAAGUGGAAGACACGUUCGCUGCCAUACUCAAGUGGAUCUCCAGCGACCCGAAAAAGAGAAAGGCCCACCUCGCCGAGUUCUUGCCACUCGUGCGCUUCGGAUCCUGCCCCUUGACAGACUUCGAGAAGGUUGCCUCUCACCCACAAGUACAGAGUGAUGGAGACAGCGUGAAGGUGCUGAAAGUGAUUGAACGGACGCUCACCCAGCCCUCCAUGCCUUUUGGCGCGUUCGCCGGCGAUGAACCUUACAUGGUGGUUGGAUAUGUUGCACGCGUCGACCUAAACAGGCGGUUGUGGCUCAAGCCUCGCUUGCCAAAGGACAUUCUCUUUCUCUUCGGCGGAUGGACAACGGGCGCGACCAACGACAUGCUGACCUACAACUGUCGUGCUGCCAAGUGGCGCGUGAUGGAGAACCAGAACGCUACGGCCAGGGCGUGCCAUGGCGUGGCCGUGGUCAACAAGUGCAUCUACAUCGUGGGUGGCAACGACGGCCGCGUGUGCUACCGCACGGUCGACUGCUUCGACGUGGCUCAGGCCCGAUGGAGCGCCAAGGCUAGCAUGGCGUAUGAACGCAGCUACGUGAGCGUUGUAGCUCUCCAGGGUCACAUUUACGCCAUGGGAGGUUCUGACGGCCGGAACUGUACCGACACUGUGGAGCGGUACGACGUGGAGAGAAACCAGUGGUCCAUGGUGGCCAGCAUGAACGACGUCCGCAGUGACGCCAGCGCCGCCGUAGCUGCAGGACGUAUCUACAUCGUGGGAGGCUUCACGGGUCGCGCUAUUCUCGACACCGUCGAGUGCUACGACCCGUCGACCGAUGUUUGGACCCGGCUGCAAGCCAUCUCCUCGCCCCGUCGAGGCCUCAUGGUGGUCGCCGACAACGAGACGCUGUACAUCAUGGGCGGCUUUGACGGCACCCACACUCGCGCUUCCAUGGAGAAGUUCGACGUGAGGACAGCGAGGUUCUCACAGUUACCCGGCAUGCCUGAGGCCAUGAGCAACUUCGCCGCCGUCCUGCUUGAAGGUUGCAUCUACACCAUAGGGGGCGUCACACAAGUGACAACUUCCGAGAUCGUCAGGCGCUACGACAUCGCCUCCGAGAGGUGGUACAGGGCAUCAAAGAUCCCAAAGAGCUGCAGCGCGUCCGCCGCCUGCAUCAUUGAGGACGUCGCCAACCCUGCCGCCUGGGUAUAGGCCGCCCUAUUGAAGAGCCACCAGGGUGUGAAAAGCAAGACUUCAGUUGGGCCGGAAACUAGCGCAAGGUGGCUGGCAGAAUAAAACACAACUGAGAAAAAACAAGAAUUGUGUGAAUUUUUUUAACAAAA